CGCUUAUUGUUCACGCAAUGUCCCGUAUAAGACACUUAGGCUACAAAAUUCGAGCAUGCGUGGUUCAUGCACUUUCCCGUAUAACAUCUACAAACUUGAGCAUGCGUGGAACAGUCAGCGCGCCUUUCGAAGAGUCUCGUCGCUUCUCAGACUUGUGACUCACCGAAUCCGUUUGCAGCCGUAUUUCGGACACAGGCAGCAGCACACCAUGAGUCGACGCGGACGCAGAAACUACGAGGAAGCGGAACAGAAAAGUUUCCAGCAAAUGCUGAACGAAAUGAAGCCAUUAGCGAGGCAACUGACAGACAGAGAAGAAAAGCGGAGAGUUGUGUUGUGGCUACGGAAACUGCAAGAGCCUGUUGGGCAGUCACCAGUCAAAUCAGAAAAUCGUAACAUGUAUGCGAGGCUGCUUCUGCAUAUGCUGAAACGUGGCGUGUUGGAAGGGCCUUUUAAUCAGUCGCCUGAACACGGAGAGCUGAAGACUUUGCCUUCAUAUAUGUCUAUUUAUUUUGACGAUCCACACGAUGGUCUGCAAGUCGAUGAUUUGUCACUGAAUUUGUCAGACUCUGAAUUUGACUUGGAAACGGAGACACGGCAUGAAGUUUCAAAAUCAGCAACCGCUGGAACAAAAGGCUUUAUGCAUAUGAGUCGAGCUAUCUCGCCAAUAUUGAGUGAGAUAACUGAUCAGGAAAGUUUGCUUGAAACCGAGAGUCAACUGCCACUCGAGUCAUUGAAUGGUGAAGGUAGUGAGCUUGACAUUGAUCUUGAUUUGGAGCUGCAAGAGCUGGCUGAAGAGGAGAGGCAUGCGUCGAGGUCAUUAGGGAGACCAACUACUUCAAGAAAAGCGGUUACUAAUGUAGAUAUGAGCAGUGGAGUACGAGACUCGUUAACUAGAGAUAACCAUGAAGACGAUGUUGAUAGAUUGCUAACACGGAGGAAAGGAGCCACAGUGACUAAUCAGAUGGGACAGAUGACGAGCAGUCUGCAUGCAUCUGGACGAGCUGCACCUUCUUCCGUUUCUAUUAUGUCAUUAUCCCGUUCUCAUGCUGAUGCAGCGCUGCAGUCAUUUCGGGAUGAGAGGAACAGAAUUCGAUUGCAGCAGAAAGAGGUUGAUUUGAAGCUGAAAAUGGCAGACACCAGAUUUCAAGAGGAAAAGCUGCAGUUACAGUCUCAACACGAUCGCCAACUGAAAGAGAUGCUAGAUCACAAAAACACUGAGAUUGAAGUCAUCAAAGCAGAGAUGGUACGGAAAGUUCAAGAAGUUGAAUUGACGGUUGAAUCACUGGAGAGGAAGGUUGCACAGUUGGAACGAGAAUGCCAGCAUGUUCGUGAACAUAAAGACAAGCAGCUGAAUGAGCUGAAGACAAAAGCACAGCAGAAGAUACAAGAACUCACAACUGAUUAUGAAACAAAGUUGGAAGAGGCUGCAGCUGAAAGUGAAGGUCAAAAGCUUGCUCUGAAACAACAGCACGGCCGCAGCAUGCAAGAACUCGUGGAAGAAACGGGCGAAAGAUUGAGACGUAUGGAGAGUGAAUAUAAUACACAAUCAGAGAGUAAGGAUGGAGUGAUUACAGAACUUGAAGGACAGCUCAAACGACUAAGACAGGAUAGAGAGCAAGCUGUCACUGCAAGCAAUAGAAUGGCUAGGGACAAGGUUGAACUGGAACGAUUACAAGAGGCUAUGCAGCAGCAGUUGGAGAACACAAGGAAAAGAAUUGAUGAGUUGGAGAGCGAGAGGUUAAGGAUGACGGAGGAACACGAACGUGAGGUGAAAGAGUUGAGGAGUCAAAGUCAAGCGAUACAGGAAGAAAUGAAACACGAACACACUGUAUCAACCGCAAGAGCUGCUGAUCAAAUAUCAGAUUUGGAACAGACGUUGAGGGAACUGAAGAGAGGCUUGAAGCUUAAUGAACAGGAGAAACAAAAGAGCAUCAAGAGUCUUGAGAUGGAACAUCAGAGAGAGAAACAGACACUCGAAAAUGCAUAUGAAAAGAAGAUUGAACGGAUGCAGGCAGAAUUGCUAAAACAAGAAGCCGAGAACAAACAGAAAGUGCAAAAGCUUAUGGCAAUAGUGAAGGAACGUGAUGAGCAUAUAGCAGAUAUGAAGACAAGACACCAACAGCAAGUACAACGAGCUGAACAAGCACUGGAUACCUUCAAGCAUGAGUCAGACAAGAAGACAGAACGUUUGUAUGAAGACACACGAGCGCAGAUGCAGAAAGUUUUAUCUGAUUUGAAGAAGACGAAUGCCGCAAAAGAGAAACUUGUACGCGACUCGACUAGAGAGAAAGAAGAGCUCAUACUCAAACACAGCAGAGAGCUCUCCGACACAAAACUGCAUUAUGAACAAGAAAAGGCCGUUUUAACUCAACAGCAUGCAGUGGAACUAGAAUCAAUACAAAGGAAGCAAGAACGAGAGAAGGUUGCUGCUGUGAAGCAGAUGCAAUCAGAAAUGGCUGAGCAGGAGAUGAAGUUGCACUCGAAAGAACAACAAGAUGCUCAGAGAAUGUCUGAACUGGAAGAUGAGGUUCAAAAACUUCAUGACGAGCUAGAAGAGGAACGUUCUCGUCACCAAUCAGACAUGACUCAGUUAGAAUUGUAUUAUAAAGAACAACAGCAGUUGGCUGCACACUCUCAUGAUGCUGCUAUGGCAAAGCGUCAGUCAGAGUUGGAGCAGCAUCACUUGCAGUUGCAACAAGAACAUAGUGCUGAAAUUGAGAAGCUCAUGCAAAGGACCAAUGGAAGACAGAAAGAAAUGGAGAGAGAAUAUACAGCAAAGAUAACGAAAGCUAAUGAGGUUAUAAGUCAAUUGCAAUCACAUGUGCAGGAACUGAGAGCAGAAAAGCAUCGGUUGAAAGAACACUGGCAGGAUCAGUUGACAAACAACAAGACGAAACUUGAGGCAGAUAUCUUGUCACUGAGAAAUAAACAUCAUUCAACAGUGCAGUCAAUUGAACAAGAGCUGAUGGCUAGCAAGAAUUUGGUACGACAGCUGGAAAAGAAAAUCAGACAACUACAAGUAGAAGAUGAUGAAAGGGUGUCAACCCUUCGGCUUCAGUACGAAGAAAGAUUACGAGGACUAAUGCCUGGAUCAGUAAGAGAGCAACUUGAAGGCACAAUCACUUCUCUGAAGAGUCAGACCAGGCUCCUGGAACAGAGGAAUAAACUGCUACAAGAUGAGCUGGACAGCAGACAAUCUCCUCGCACUCACUCGAUGCCUGCUUUGUCCCAUCCCUUAAGUAACACUCCUUAUCGACCUCCAGUCUCAUGAUCAGCAUGUAUGUAGUUGCAUGUAGCAAAUCUUUAAUGAUAAUCACAAUAAUAAGCAGAACGACGAACUUGAGAUGAUAGUGUUAUAAAGAUGUGUUAAUAAGUCAUUAUGUACAGACAGCAAUAACAUUUUUCUUGUCAUCAAUGGACAUCUAACUUGUAUUAGGGUGAGGGGUCAGUAUUUAGUUUCUCUCAAGAUUUUCUCAGGAUACGCGCUGUACGUACUGAGUAGUAAU